UUGUGUUUUUUUUUUAAAUAAAAGAAUUCAAACUAAACUUUUUAUAUAACAGAUACAUACACUUUUUAUUGAGUCAAAUAUUGUGAUACACCAACCCCAACCCCAAAGUCUAAGUCAUACAGGAAAUGAAUCAUGACAUGUUGCCUUAAGUUCAAUUCUUUGUUCAAUGGUGUGAAAAGUCAGCUGAAAAUGACAACAAUUAAAAAUAAAGAUGUAUUAAAGAGGGCUUUAUCAUGUCAAUUUUUAAGUAUAAAAAGGGUUGUAGUGCUGCUUACUGUUCUUAGUUCAUAAGAACACAUCCUGUCUAAUUUCUUAAAAAAUGCAAAAGGUCUCUAUUUCUUGAUCAUUUCUGGUUUUACGGUCCACUUUCUCUUCAUAGAGAGUACAAGUGCAACGAAAGGCUGUUAGAAAGGUACUGUAUUGUCUAGAUUCAUUUACCCGCGUGCUUCAUCAACCAAUACAAAUUCUUUUGUGUUCUUCUGCAAUGGCUGUUUCAAUGGUCCAGGAGUCCUCUUCAUCAAUUUCUCGAUAUACUUAUCAUGUAUUCUUGAGUUUUAGAGGUACAGAUACACGUAAAAACUUUACGGAUCAUCUUUACAUGGCUUUAGUGCACACAGGAAUUCACACGUUUAGAGAUGAUGAUGAAAUUGAAAGAGGAGAGAACAUAAGAGAUGAAAUUGAAAGAGCAUUGCAUGAGUCAAAAAUGUCUAUCAUUAUCUUCUCAAAGAAUUAUGCUUCAUCAACAUGGUGUCUUAACGAACUUGUCAAGAUAAUGGAACAUAGAAAAUUCUCCAAACACAUCGUUUUGCCAAUUUUCUAUGACGUGAAUCCAUCUCAAGUCAAGAAGCAGACAGGGAGUUUUGCAGAAGCGUUUGCUAGACAUGAAGAGAGCUUCAAGUAUGAGAUGGACAUGGUACAAAGAUGGAGGACUGCUUUAAGAGAAGUUGCGGAUUUGGGAGGCAUGCUUCUAGAGGAUAGACAUGAAUCACAAUUCAUUCAAGAUAUUAUUAAGCAAGUUCAAAGUAAACUCCAUCGCACCGCUUUAUAUGUCCCUCCCUAUUUAGUUGGAAUAGAUGCUUUUGUGGCACGCAUCAAUUGGUGGUUGAGAGAUGGAUCAAAUAAGGUUGGCAUAGCAACAAUUUGCGGAAUUGGAGGGAUUGGGAAGACAACCAUUGCCAAACUUGUUUACAAUCAGAAUUUCCAAAGAUUUGAAAGUUACAGUUUCCUUGCUGAUGUUAGAGAGACUACUCAAGAACGCAAUGGUCUGGUUCAAUUGCAAAGACAACUUAUUUCAGAUAUCUUGAAGGGGAAAGCAAACAAAAUAUACAACUCAGAUGAUGGAAUCACUAAGAUCAAAGAAACUAUAUGCCAUAGACGUGUGCUUCUUGUCCUAGAUGAUGUGGAUGAUUUAGAAAAAGUAACUGAAAUAAUUGGAGUGCAAAUUCCUUUUCAUCCAGGAAGUAAAAUCAUUGUAACUAGCAGGCAUCGAUGUCUAUUGAGUGAUCUUUUUAUUAGGCAGAUGUUUGACCUUGAAGAAUCAUCCAAUUAUGGAGACUUAUGCAAGGUAUUUGAAGUAAAAGAAUUAGCUUUCAAUGAAUCACUUCAACUUUUUAAUUGGUAUGCCUUCGGACAGAAUAAUCCAAUUGAAAGUUAUAUGGAUUACGCAAGGAGUAUAGUGCAACAUUGUGGUGGGCUUCCGUUAGCUCUUCAAGUUUUGGGUUCUUCUUUGUCUGGUAAAAGUAUAAAUGUGUGGAGAAGUGCAUUAGAGAAAUUGAAAGCAAUCCCUCAUAGCAAAAUUCAGAAGAUUCUAAGAAUAAGCUAUGAUUCCCUACAAGAUGAUCAUGAUAAAAAUCUAUUCCUUGACAUAGCUUGUGUAUUCAUCGGGAAGGAUAGAGAUUACACAACUAAAAUUCUAGAUGGUUGUGAUUACUGUACAGUAAUUGGUAUAGAAAAUCUCAUAAAUAGGUCUCUUUUGGUUGUUAGUGAAAGAAACAAGUUGAUGAUGCAUCAAAUGAUUAGAGAUAUGGGUAGGGACAUUGUUUGUCAAGAAUCUUUUGACCUUGGGAAACGAAGCAGGUUGUGGCAUAAGGAUGCAUUUGAUGCAUUAAGAGAAAAAAUUGGUACAAAAACAAUCAAGUGCCUUACCAUUGACUUACAAAGAUUACUGGAAGAGAAGUAUGGAAAGACAACUGCAAAUCAUUCAAAAAAUUCAUUUCACAUGUCAAAUGAGGUACAUAUAGAAACUGAUGCAUUUGCAAAGAUGCAGAGACUUAAACUACUUCAACUGGAUUAUGUAAAACUUAAAGGAGACUACAGAGACUUCCCUAGGAGCUUAAUAUGGUUGUGUUGGCAUGGAUUUCCUCAAGAAUAUCUUCUUAGAGAUUUAGAUAUUUCUGGGCUAGUUGUUCUUGAGAUGCGCAAUAGUAGCCUCAAACAUGUUUGGAAUGAUACAAAGUAUUUUCUUCCAAAUUUGAAGAUCCUUAAUCUCAGUCACUCCCAUGGCCUUCUCAAAAUCCUUAACUUAUCAGGUCUUCAUAGUCUUGAAAGGUUGAUGCUUAAAGAUUGCAUAAAGUUGAUUGAGGUUGAUCAAUCCAUUGCUGAGAUAAAGACUCUUGUUGUUUUAAACCUUAAAGGUUGCAAAAGUCUUAGAAAACUUCCAAAGACAAUUGGUUCGUUAGAAUCUCUUGAAGAACUUAUUUUAUCUGGUUGCUCAACAUUUAAUGAUGCACCUAGGGAUUUGCAAAAUAUGAACUCAUUGAAGGUGCUUAACUUAGAUGGAACUGCUAUAUAUGAAUCCAAUUCAUGGUUGUCUUGGUUAUCAUUGAAAAGAAGCAAAGAGUUGGGUUUCUUUUGGGCAUCUUUGCCAUGUUCUUUGGUAAAGUUGAGUCUUGAAGGUUGCAGACUAUCUGAUGAUGUUAUGGCCGUUGAUUUGAGUUACUUACCUUCCUUGAAAUCGUUAAAUUUAAGUAGAAACCCAAUUCGUAGCCUUCCUGAGAGCAUUAUCCACCUCACAAACCUUGAUGAACUUUUGCUAAUUUGUUGCAAAGAGCUCCAAUGGCUUCCAAAGCUUCCAAUGAGUGGCUUGCACGUGAUAACGUCUCAACCAUUGUAUAGGAUUUCAAGUUUGCCACGCUUAUUAAAUUUAAAAAGGUGUAUUGUCUUUGGUUGUGAAAAGCUAACUGAGGUUGAAGGUGUGUUCAAGUUGGAGCCAGUUGAAAACUUUGAAGUGGAAAAGAUCAAAAGCUUAUUCAAUAUGGACUUGAUCGGAAGCAUUAAAUUGAAAAUUUAUAACUAUCUUACGGACACAAAAAUGGUGGCUACCACUCAGAUAUUUCGUGAUGGUGACAUAACUAGCUGCUUUGUCUCCGGAAAUGAGGUUCCAAUCUUAUUUCAGUCUCGCUCUAAAGGGUAUAAAAUUUCCCUUUCUUUGCCACAAAAUCCCGGUGAAAAAGUUUGUUGGUUAAAACUAUGCAUAGUAUAUUCUCUUGUUAGUGAUGAGAUAUUUGACCAUCUACCAUGGGUGCAAAUUAUUAAUGAGACCAAGAAGUUGACAUGGUUUUAUUUCUCAAGUUUCAUUGGAAUUCCUGAAACGAAUAGUAACACAAUCUUAUGGCUAAUCCAUUGGCCAGUAAUGGAUUAUCAGUUGGAAAAUGGUGAUUUGGUGAGCUGCAAAUUAUCAACUUUUGGUCUCAACAUAAGAGAAUUUGGUGUUACAUGUGUAUCAGAAACCAAGGUUAUGUGUGAAGAUGAUCCUCCACAAUACUCUCAAGAAAAUGAAGAUAUUUGGAGAGAAAUUGAGUUGAAAGUUAAUGAAGAGUUUCUCAAAUUGGGCUCCAGUGGAAAUAUCAAAGUGCAAAUUUACAAUGAUUUAGAGGAACCAAAAACGAUUGCUUCCCCUAAGGUGUUUUAUGAUUGUGGGAUAAUUAGCAUGUAUGAUAUAAGUGGCUUUCCCAAGGGUUGGUACAACCAUCAUGCUGUUGGAAACAAGGUUUCAUUUGUAGUGGCCCGAAGCCCUGGUCAACGUAUUGGCUAUUUAAACUUGGGGGUCAUUCUUCUUGAUGAAGAUGAUAAAAUAUUUGAUUUUUUAUCACGUAUUGAGAUUGUCAACAAGACCAAAGAUACUAAGUGGAUCUAUUAUAAAAAUUUCAUCAAAAUUCCUAAAGCCAAGAACAAGAUUUUUUGGUUUAGUUUUUGGAGAUUUAUGGGUGAAUUGAAAGAAGGUGAUCAAAUGAGUUGUACAGUGUUUUCUGAUUUAUAUGUAAAAGAAUUUGUCAUUGAUCUCGUAUAUGAACCUGAUGACGACCUUCAGCCUGAAUGCAACUCUGCUUAUCAACAUUUGCAAGGUAAUACUAUGUAUUCUUGUUGGCUUUUUCCUCUCUUUGUAUAUUUCUUGUUUAAGUCUCAAAGGACUCUUUAUAGGAUUCAGAGUUUAGACAAAUUGGAAUAAUUAUAUGUAGGAUCUUGAUGGAGCAAAUAAGACAAUUCAUCUACUUCUUGUAAUUAAAAGAUUCAUGCAGACAAAUGGUUUUUGACAUAUCAAUGCAAGAAUUGUCAUUGAUAGCAAA